AUGAAGUGUUUAGAAAGUGAUUCGGAUACAUAUGGGGAUCAAUUAAUUAGUAUCGCAAUAUUAGCUCGUACGGUGGGACAAAGAGUAUUAGACAAACUUCAAAUAUUGUUACAUGAAAGAUCGACUCAAUUAAAAGCACUUUUUGAUAUAAUUGGAGACAAUCAAGUACCAUCACCUAAUUUUACUACGAUCACAUAUAUUCAAGAAUCAAUUCAUUGGUUAAUUUUAAUAUCAGCAUCUUUAUUGGCUGAUGCUGGUGAAGAAAUCUUAAAUAUUGUAUCAAAAGAUAGUUCAACUGUUGAAAUUAAUAAUUAUUUAAGCCCUCGAGUAACCGAAACAUUAUUUUGGUUUUUUGAAAGAUGGGGAAAAACUUAUUUAUUAAUUGAUGAAUCUGAUUACUCGUCUAUAAGUAUUAAUAUAGUUCGUGCGUUUGGAAAACGUGAGUCACAAGGAGAAGGUGAAAAUAUUUUGGAAUAUUUAAUUGGCAAGAUAAAGACCAAUUUUAUUCUUUGGAAUAGUGAUUCUGAUCCAUUAUUACAGAUGGUGAAAUUAUUAAAUUCUUAUGGUAAAAAGUCAUCAUUAAGAAAUGGUUUAUUACACUCAAGUGCUUCGGAUGAAGAUUUAAAACAUCAAUACUUUCAAAUGAUUACUAACGCAAUUGAGAGACGUUUUUUGGCUGUAUUACAACGACCAGAUUUUGAUAAUGUUUAUCAACAACCUGAUGUCAUGAUUGAAGUUCAAAAUGCUUUAGAGAUGUUUGAUGGUUUAGCGUUAGCAUCAAAUUAUUCUAAUACCCAACUUAUUUAUUCAUUUUGUUCUAAAUAUUUUGAUUUCAUGGUGAAAUUAUUACAUUAUUAUCAAAGUUGUCCUGAAGUGGGAAUCUUGGUGUUACAAUUCUUUAAUUCAUUUGUGAUGUUUCAAGAUUUUGGUGAAUUAUCUAAAGAUCAAUUAAAAUUAAUUUAUCAAACUAUAGUGGAAUUAUUUGAAGCUUAUUCUUCUGUUAAUUUGGGUAAAAAACGACUUGAUGCGGCUGAAGAAGAAGAUGAACCAUAUGCUGAUAUAUCAAUUAUAUUAGAUAUGCUUUCUGAACUCAUGGCAGCUGAAUUUCAGGGACUUUCUUUUGAUGAUUUAUCAAAAGAAAUUGCAACAACUGAAGGAUUUGAUAUUUCAAAUGUUAUAUUUUAUGUAGCUCGUUUGUCAUAUCAUGCUAUAACACCUUUAGCUCUUUACGCACAUAACGAAGAACGUAAAAAAGGGGAAGCCGUUGUUCAACAUUUAUGCAUUCCACUUGAUAAAUUCUUACAAAUCGUUCUGGAAUGUUUCUUAUUUAAAGAUUUUGAAGCGGAAUUAUUGGAACCUGCUUCCGAAACCUUAAUUGCUUUGAUAUGUGCUAGAAAAGAAUCAUAUAACACUUUGGUACAAAACAUUAUAUCACGACAAACAUCACCAGAAAUUCAAACCAGACUUCACGAAGCAUUUUCUACAUUAUCUUCUGCUAUUCCACAAACCCUUCCUGAAGUAUUAAUUCGUCGAAGAGAUGUUUCAGGUUUUCGAGAAGUUUUGUUUAGAUUUUUGAUGAAUGUGAGAGGAUUUUUGAGAAUGAAGUAA